AUGAGCAUGGAACCGGAAGCCGACUAUUUACACGACGAGGAGGAGAUUGAAGAUUACGGGAACCAUGAACAAUCGCCCUCAAAACGGCAAAGGACCGAACGUAGAGGAUAUGAAUCUGCUUAUUCAGGAGCAUCAUCCAGCGACAAUGACAUUAGCAUUCACGCAGGCCGCUCGUCGCACAAGCGACGGGCUAUGAGUGAAAUUAUCGAGCCAGUUCUCAAACGACGCAAGGGCGUAUUCAACAACAACUACUUGGAUCUUCUCAACAGGGACAUUGAAGAUGUUGCGAACAUGUCACUUGACGGGGAGGAGGACUUACCCUCGUCUCAAAUCGGCUUGACGCUGUGGACACCAUACGAGAAGAAGGUGUUUUUCGAAGCGCUCGCCAGACUCGGAAAGGACAAUAUUCGGGGCAUUUCUGACCGCAUACGAACCAAAAGCGAGGUCGAGGUCCGCCAGUACAUCGUCUUGCUCGAGGAUGCCGUUCAAAGGAGAGGACAGGAACAGGAAGGAGGCCUGAAGUCCCUGGAACCGGCAGAGUACCCCGCGGCCGUCGAGAUAAGCUUGCCAUGCUGCCACGCGCUCGAUGAAGCGGCGGACGCGCUCUCCUUCCGCCAAGAGCGGCAUGAGGAGCUCGCCGAGCAGAAGAAGUGGGGGGAGUUCUGGAACAUCAACCUGGAGCUCGCGAAGCGCAUCGAGGGCGACCACGGCCUCGAGAAAGACGCCGCCUUCGCGAGUGACCACGGUCUGGAGUUCACCGAGCUCCUCCACGUUAAGAACUUCGUCCGCCUCCCCGAGCGCAUCUUCAUGAACGCGUCCCAUGCCGAGGACAACUGGCAGUUCGUCAGCGAGGAGCCGCCGACGAUCCGGGCCACCGCCUUGCAGGAUUUCCACUCGCUCUUAGUCUCUGUCACGAAGAAGCUUGUCCUCACGACGCUAUUUAUUGCCGAGUCCCGUAUCAGGGGAAAGAGGAAGGUGGAGCCGUCCACGAGGAACCUUGUUAGACGCAAGGACGUCGAGGCGGCGGUCGCGUCCCUGGGGAUGAAGCAGAACAGCGACGAGUUCUGGGUAACCUGUGCGCGUCGGCUGCGGCUCGAAGUUUGGGACGACAAGGAUGAGGGGGACAUCGAGGACGAGUGCGAGAACGAGGAGCCGAUGGCUUACGACCGCGUGGAGAGUAUUCUUCGUCGUGAGUCCGAUGCCACCGAGUCCAGGGCAACGGGAAAACCAUCCUCGACGCCAGAGGUCAAGCUUGAGGACCGCGAUUCGUCUGAAUCUACUGACGACGAGGCUUCUGCUGGUGAAGAAUCGGGUGACGAGGCGGACGCUGCUGCGCUCGGCAGCGCUGAACGCGAAAUUAUCGAGGAGGCCAAGGAGGUCCUUGUCUACUCCGCCCACGACUUCCCCGAGACACACCGCACGAGGGAGGCUCUAAGGAAUAGGAUACGCAACGAGCGGGAGCAGGAGGCCCAAGCCGAAGCCGAGGAUGCGAAGGCAAGCUACGAGGCUGAGUUGGAGAUGUGGCGUCUUCUGCAGCGACAGCCACCCGAGUCGUUCAUGAUGCCACAAAUCCCGGAGCGUGGCCGUAGAGCUGUCGGAAACGUCGAGGAUUUUUAUGACGCCGGGCGAAAGUGGAGGGAGAGGUUGACGUAUCACAGCGAGUGGGAGAUGCUUGGAACGUCACAGGUAGCGGACAAGAAGGACUGA